GUCCGAGUGAGUUCUAACUGCAGUGUUCGACAUGGGCGGGUCCCACUGCUGCAUCGUGGGCUGCAGUAACAGGACAGGGGGCGGAGUCAGCCUGCACACGUUCCCCAAGGACCCGGGACUCCGCGCGCGCUGGAUCAAAUCCAUCAAGUCCGUCAGGACGGGGUUCUCACCGAGCCGGUGGAGGGGUCCGUCCCAGUACAGCUCGGCCAGUUCACACUUGGUGUGUUCGAGUCACUUCCCUCUGGAGUGUUUCACCCUCACCACUCGAACAAACUGGAGACUGGGGCUGGACUACAGGCCCACGCUGAGGGACGACGCCGUGCCCACGCUGUUCGGGAGGAACGUCCGAGCGCCCAACAGCGACCUGCCCGAGUCCGUUAGACCAGUUAACAGGAGGGGGGAAGUGCAGGGGCUAUGUCCUGAUCUCAGGACAAUGACCCACAGCGAGGGUAAACAUGCCUCAGUCAGUAGGACGGCUCAAGUUCUCAAAGAGACUGAAGACCCUGAACCUCAGAUGUUAUCCAUAGCAGCUGUAAAGCGUCGGACCGUGAGCUCUGGAACUCAGUGUCCGUACUGCCGCUACAGAUGCGGCUCCAAGUUCUCUUUCCAAAUCCACGUUGGCUCUCAGCACCCGCUGCACUGUGAGGACACGUGCGUGGGCCGUUUGGGUAAAGUAGUUUUUUACCAGCGCACAGCCAAACUCUUCCACUGUCACAUCUGCUUCUUCACAUCCAAGGACUACGCUGUGGUGUUCGAGCACCUGCUGGCAAGGCACUGCCUCACUUUUAGGAAAAAUAAAGGCAAUGAACUCACCAGUGAGAUAAAUCCUGAUAGCAAAGAUGCUUCAGAAAAUCAAGAACAAGAAGCGUCCAGCGAGGACUCUCUGAAAAGGAAGCGAGGCUCAGUGUCCAGCUGUGAAGAUGAGGAUGAAGACACGAACAGCACUCAAGCAGCCAAUGAGGAGCAAGCAGUCGCUCUUGAGACCUACUCCGAGAACUCCAGUGCCCUUUAUCAUGACUGCACAUUCUGCAAACAGCGCUGUAGGAGUAAAGGCUCAUUACUGCGCCACGUCAGCCUUAAACACAACGUCCCUAAACCACACUCGUGCAAAGAGUGCAGCGAAACCUUCAUGCUGGAAAGUCUCCUGACCCACCACAUCAAUCUGCAACACCGGCGCAGCCUCUACCAGUGUCCCUACUGUGUGUUCGAGUCCAGUCUUCAGGGCCUCCAUCAGCACCUCAGUCAGUGCCGAGCCGGGCAGGGCAAUGAGGACAAAGGAGACAUAGGGACUGACGGACAGGAAUGAUGGAAUCAGUGGAUGAAGACCAGUUAGUGGGUUACUUGUAGUUUCUAAUGUGAAUCUGAGCAGAGCACUGUUCCCCGGGGAGUUCCUCAGGGGUGGACUAUAGGACCACUGCUAUUUAAUAUUUAUACACUUCCUCUUGGACAAAUUAUACACAAUGGUAAUGUCACUAAUCACAGAUCCAAUAAUAAAACGCAAGCUUAUUUA